AAUCUGGUCUCACUUACAGAAUUCCAUUUUAAAGAAUUGAACGGCUUUUAGCACUGGAAACAAAACUGCGCUGGGCUGCACUUUUCACCAGCUGAUUUUAGAAUCAUAUUUUCUACAGAAUUGGCUUUAAAAAGUUAACAUUUCACAAAAUUCAUCAUCAUGUCGGUGUUAACCAUAGAAAAUGCUGAAGGUUAUGAAAAGUACAUCAGUUCUGACAAAACAACCGUUGCCCUUUUUGCCGCGACUUGGGCAGAGCAAUGUGCUCAGGUUAAAGAUGUGCUCAAGGAGUUGUCAAACAUUCUAGGUGAUAAGUUGCAAUUCAUUACACUAGAUGCUGAAAAAUUUCCGGACAUUUCAAUAAGGCAUCAGAUUGAAGCGGUGCCCACGGUUAUAUUCUUUAACAAAGGUUCUGCUGUGGAUCGUGUUGAUGGUGUUGAUAUUGCCGCUAUCAGCAGCAAGUCCAAGAAGUUGGCUGAAAACGCUAGCAGCGCUGCUGCCACUGGCCAAACUCUAGAGGAUCGCUUAAAGAGCCUUAUUAACAAAGCGCCUCUCAUGAUAUUCAUGAAGGGUGACCGAAAUGCACCUCGCUGUGGUUUCUCCAAGCAGCUUAUUGCGAUUGUUAAUGACACAAAAUUACCUUACGAAACUUUCGACAUUCUCAGCGAUGAAGAAGUGCGUCAGGGUCUGAAAACCUAUUCAGACUGGCCCACAUAUCCUCAGGUUUAUGUGAAGGGGGAGUUGAUUGGUGGACUCGACAUUAUUAAAGAACUACUAGCCAACAACGAACUGGAAUCGUCGCUUAAGGGUUAACUUUGCAAACGACGUUUUAUUAAUUGACUCCAUAAACAACAACAAAGUCGUCUCUCAUCAAUGUACAAUGUCCAAUGACUUUUUAUAUGCAUACAAAUAAAAGCAUAGUUCAAAUUUAAUAA